CCACUUGCACAUUCCCCCUUUGAUAUAGCCAUCACCACUGGCGUUUCUAUAUGACGGUCGGGUUCUUUUGAAUGCCAAAGUUUAUUCGAAGGACUGUACUUAUUACUUGUUAUUACUCAGUCCCAGACUGAGGCUCUCUGUCCGCCUGAUCACAUUAUAUUAUCUUGAAAGUGUUUUGAUUUUGAUUUAGUGAGAGAUUAGGUAGAGUAGUGGUAGUAUGGGCGAGUGUGUGGGUGGAUGAGGAAACUUGCAACAUGGACCAGCUGUUGAAUCAUCUCAGCAACAUAUACAAACCUCACUACUAGAGAAACCCUCCACCACUACUAUAUUCUUAGUCAUUCUAUGUAUGAGCACAAGGUUAUAUAUAAAAUGUAUCUCGCUAUAUGAGCUUAGUUAAAUCUCUGGUUAAUGGAUGAAAGAACCAUUGGUGGUCAAAGGUGAAGUUGAACCUUUAGAACCCUGGUGUAGUACCUAGGAGUUAAACCUAAGGAACCAUACAGCCACCUGUUCGGCUUGCUAGUUGCGGUGUUUGUUAUAGGAGAAACAUUACAGGUUAGUGUGUUGGCUGAGAUAAUUGGUGGUAUUGUGUGAGAACUUUUGAUUUAGUGGAGUGAGCGAGUAUCCAGUGAGUACUUAAUGAAGAUCUUGGAGCCACUCGCACUUACCAUGGCGUCCGAGGAACCUGGUCAAGCUAAAAUGGAGGCCCUCUAUAUAGCUAAAGGGCAGCAACAAGUGGGAGAGCAGGAGCUAGCUACCAAGAUGCUUCAAAUCCAGAGUAAGCGGUUCUACAUAGAUGUAAAACAGAACAGACGCGGGAGAUUCAUGAAGGUGGCGGAGGUGAGUAGCGCCAAUGGCUUCUUAUUUCCAUUAGCCUUUCAAAUACCUAAGUCAGUGUCCAAAAUGUUAGGAAGGAUACUUUGUGUUUUCCUAAUUAAUCUGCCGUCCUCUCUACCCAAUUGUGGAUGCUAUCUCCAAUAAGCUUGACUUUAGGCAUCAUGUAAUCUGACAUUGGCCUAGCAAAAUGCACCUUUGUAUUGGGUGUUGGAGUCCACAGUUGGAGCUAUCAUUUUGUUGUUAAAUUAGAUUGGUUACAGCAGUAGUAGGCUGCUUACCUAUUCUGUGAAACCUGUGUAAUGGGAACAAAAGUUAGCUGUGUUUCCCUGUCUUAAUUCAUUGCACAGGAUGGUUUUGGUAUAUCAGGUCAUGCAAUGUCAGCCUGAGCUGGGGAAACUUCAGUAGAGCGACGAGGAUAUCGUCACUUUGUACACAAAGGAUUUAAUAGCUACGGGGAUGUUCAACGGUUUCGUUCCAGCAGAGAUAGAAUUAUUAUUAUUGACGAAUUAUCUUCUUAGAAUAACGUCUCCC